AUCAAGAUCCUGCUCUCAGAGUUUGGCACUGAAAUGGAAGAAAACUAUAAGAUGAUAGCUUGAGAAGGUAAUAGAGUCCAACAAAAGCUUUUUUUUUUUUUAAUGGGGAAAUCUGGGCAUAUCUUCAAGCAACAGGGAAGUCAAUGAAUAAAGAGAAAUUGAAGAAUAAGAUGAGAAAGAGUUUGAUUAAAGGGAAAAAGAAAUGGAACAAUAGAGGUAAAGAAGUAGGGUAGGGAUAAUGAAUUGGGGAAGCAGCAUUGGUAGAGGACAGGAAGAUGUGUGAGAUUAAAAAUUAGAUUUUGAUGGAAUAAUCACAGAGACUUUUCUUCAGUCAUUCUUCUCUCCUUCUCCAACUCUAUCAAAGACACAUCAAGCCUAAGGAGCUAUGGGCACUCUUGACUGACUUUUGGAACCUCCAUAAACUUUGAUGAUAGCAGCAGGAAAUAAAACUGGAUAUUUUGGAUUGCUAGAAAAGAAUUGGGUGGAUGGAUCCCAGAACUCUGCUUAGUCCUUUUAAAAUCCCAAGGUCUGAGGCAGGAAAAGAGAAGAGUAAUCAGAGAUUCUCUGUGUAGGACAGGAACUUAGAGUUAGUCUAGUCCAACUUGUACCCGAGCAGGAGUCCAUUAUACAAUAUUCCCAUCAAAAAAUCUUCCAGCUUAUACUAGCAGUCCUCUGUUGACAUCAAGCUUACUAUCUCCCAACGUAGAAGGUCAUUGAACCUUCUAGUAAUAGUAGAAUAGUAAAUUUUCCCUCACAUUGAAUUGAUGUUAUUUCCUUUUAGUUCUACCUAUAGCUCCUAGUUCUGUCCUCUCAAAACAAACAAGCUUUAUUUGUCUUUCACCGGGAAGUUCUUCAAGUUCAGCUAUCAUGCCCACAGGCUUACAUGAACCUUCAGGGGUCUAGUUUUCCCUAUCUCCAGCUUCCAGGGCUCUUUUCUAUUAAGGGGGAAAAGAAGAUUCUCUCCAGAUGUUAGUACUGAGGAACAGAAAAUGUGAUAAGAAGGACAAUUUAGGGGGAGUUGAUUGAGAGGGUGGGGGUGGAACAAAUACCAUUUCCUUUCAAAUGAAGGGUGGAGUCUCUUAAACUAAUCUUCCAAGCAAGGGUUUCCCAAAGCAGAGGAAGCUUUGCAUCUAUGGAAUCUUCACAAUACACUAGGUGGGAGACCCCUGAGGAAUUUGAGAUGGCUGACAGCAAGCUUCAGUGGCGACCCUGGGAAGCUGGGUGGUGGGCAAAGCAGCUUCCUGGAGGCCGUCCUGCCCUUCCUCUUUACCUGUUAUUUUCUGUGACCUCUUUUCUGUGGAUACUUCUCCUUAGUAUGCUGUUGGCUAAGGUCAUGGAUUUAUCAAGGGAUAUGGAGCAUCUAAAUGAACAACUGGAGGGAAUACAAGUCAAUGAGUCCACGAAGGCAGGGAAACUGGCAGCUCUACAGAUAUCCUUGAGCACCUCGGACAACAAGCAUCAGACUCUAAAAAUAAAGGUUGAAGCAAUGGCUGAAGAGCUGAGGAAGCUGCAAGAGAAGCAAACCAGCUUAAGCACUAACUUGUCUCAGGACCUAUCUGAGGCUAAAAAAGACCGAGAUGACAUACGGAGCGAGAUGUUUCGUGGACUGGAGGCUGUGAGGAAUGGAAAUGGCUCCUCCUGCCAACCCUGCCCAAGUCCCUGGAGGGACUUCCAGGGUUCCUGUUACUUCUUCUCUGAGAACAAACUUCCUUGGUCCAAGGCCAGGGAUGAUUGUGUCCAGAAGCAAGCUCACCUGGUGAUCAUCAAUAAUCAUGAUGAGCAGAACUUCCUGAACCCUACUGAGUUUCUGGGAUAUUGGAUUGGCCUCAGAAAGACCAAAGGAGGGGUACAUAAGUGGAUCGAUGGCUCUGGCCUUAGUUACACCAACUGGAACCCUGGGGAACCCAACGACAGCAAGGGGGAGGAAGAUUGUGUUAUGAUGCUGCAUCAUGGCAGAUGGAAUGACUUUACAUGUGAUAAAUCAUCUGACAACUGGAUCUGUGAGAAGAGGCAGAUCUGUUGAACUGCAUCUGUAGAGGGAUAGAGGUGGCUCUUAGUGAGGGAACUUUCCCCAUCUACAACCCAGUUGCUAUAGAACAUCUCAUAUGCAAACAUGGGUCCUGAAUGGACAGAAUGGACUCUGGACCAUGGAGCCCUACAAUUAUUCAGGGUUAUGGGGUUAAAGGCAAAUGUAAGAGACCAAUAAAUUUUUUUUUGUUCUUUGUCAAAAGUUUUGCCCAUUUUAUGACUAGCCCUUACAUUCUGCUGAGCUGGAUGAAUGACUGAGGAAGAGAAAAUGUCUUCUGGUGGUUGAUUCCCUUUUUCUUUCCUAGGCAGGCCCAGCUGGUCCUCUUGCUGGCUCAGGGCUUCCCAGUAGUAGCCUAGCCCCAAGGAAAACUAGAAAGCAUUCCCCUACUUCCUACUUUCACUCUAGUCCUUUGCUAUAUUCCCUCACAUCAAUCUACUGAAUUUAGCA